GAUGACAGACCAGCAGGCCUUGCGUUUCCGUGGGCCGGCCCCCACCCCCCUCCCUGUCCCUGCCCCCGCCCCUGCCCCCGCCUCUAGCCCUCUGAUGCGGGGCCCCCCACCACUCCUGCGGCCCCCCCCUCCCCCGUUUGCCAUGAUGAGGGGGCCCCCGCCGCGCCCCCCUUUCGGGCGACCGCCCUUCGAUGCCAGCAUGCCCCCCAUGCCCCCCCCUGGAGGAAUCCCCCCCCCUCUCGGACCCCCGCACCUACAGAGGCCUCCGUUCAUGCCCCCCCCGAUGGGCAGCCUGCCCCCUCCCCCCGGAAUGAUGUUCCCCCCCGGGAUGCCCCCGGUACCCACCCCCGGGGCCCCCACCCUCCCGCCCAGUGAGGAGAUCUGGGUGGAGAACCAGACGCCCGAGGGCAAGGUGUACUACUACAACGCUCGCACGCGUGAGUCAGCCUGGAGCAAGCCUGAGGGGGUGAAGAUAAUCCAGCAGUCAGAACUCCACCCCCUGAUGGUCAACCAAUCAGCUGCCGCCACCUCUUCUGCCAGCCUCUCAGUGGCCAGCACUGUGGCAAGCCUCGCCCCCACACAGGCCCCCUCUCCUGGCCCCGCCCUCGGCCCCGCCCCCACCACCACGUCCCAGGCUGUGUCCCACCCCAUCUGCACCCCCGCAGCCGUGGAGAUGGCUGCCAUAGUAACGGCCCCCUCCAGCGCCGCGGUGACCCCCGUGCCUUCCAUCAGUCUCCCCACGGUAACGGCCACGGCAACGGCAGUGCAGACCCUCCCCGCCGCUCUGACACACCCCCUUCCGCAGGCCACGCCCCCCAUCCCCGCCUUCCCGCCCGUCAUGGUCCCGCCCUUCCGCGUGCCUCUGCCCGGGAUGCCAAUCCCGCUGCCAGGUGUAGCAAUGAUGCAGAUAGUCAGCUGUCCGUAUAUAAAGACAAUCGCUCCCAACAAGAACGGCCUGCUCCCUGGCAUGGCCCCGCCCCUCGUUCCCAUGAUGCACCACCCCCAGAUGGCCCUGGCGGCCGGCCCCGCGGCGCUCUCCGGCGCCCUCUCGCUCGCGGAGUGGUCCGAGUACAAGACCGCCGACGGCAAGAUGUACUACUACAACAACCGCACGCUGGAGUCCACCUGGGAGCGCCCCGACCUGCUCAAGGAGAGAGUGUUGGUGCCGGACUGUCUGUGGAGCUGGGAGCUCACGUUGUCUCCUCCCCCAGAUAAGGAGGCGGAGAAGGCCAAGGAGGCGGCGCUGUCCCUGGAGGAGGAGGAGCUGAUGGACAUGGAGGAGGAGGGGGAGCCCAAGCCGGAGCCUCCCAAGGAGGUGCGAGAGGAGCCCAAGGAGGAGGAGCUGACGGAGGAGGAGAGGGCUGCCCAGAAGGCCAAACCUGUGGCCACCACGCCCAUCCCCGGCACCCCCUGGUGUGUUGUGUGGACCGGGGACGAUCGCGUGUUCUUCUACAACCCCACCACCCGCCUCUCCAUGUGGGACCGUCCUGAGGAGCUGAUUGGCCGGGCCGAUGUGGACAAGAGCAUUCAGGAGCCGCCCCACAAGAAGGGCCUUGAGGAGCCCCGAAAACUAGGGAUCAGCAAAGAGGAACUGGAAGCCGCCAUUGAGGAAGCUCUGGAAGACGAGCCAAUCAAAAUCAAGAAGAGAAAGAAGGAGGAGGUGAGGGAGGACUCUGAGAAGGAGGCGGCGAUGGAGGCGGAGAUGAAGGCGGCGCGGGAGCGGGCCGUGGUGCCGCUGGAGGCCCGUAUGACCCAGUUCAGAGACAUGCUGCUGGAGAGAGCGGUGUCGGCCUUCUCCACGUGGGAGAAAGAGCUGCAUAAGAUCGUCUUUGAUCCGCGGUAUCUGCUGCUCAACCCCAAGGAGCGCAAACAGGUUUUUGAGCAGUAUGUGAAGACUAGAGCGGAAGAAGAGAGGAAAGAGAAGAAGAAUAAACUGAUGCAAUCGAAGGACGAGUUCAGAAAGAUGAUGGAAGAGGCCAAGAUCAGCACCAGGAUGACCUUCAGCGAGUUUGCAUCGAAGCAUGGCCGCGACCUGCGCUUCAAGGCCAUCGACAAGAUGAAGGACCGGGAGGCCAUCUUCACCGAGUUCAUGACCGCGCUCCGCAAGAAGGAGAAGGACGACUCCAAGAACCGCGGGGAGAAGGUGAAGCUGGAUUUCUUCGAGCUGCUGUCGGACCACCACGUGGACGGGCAGGUGCGCUGGAGCAAGGUGAAGGAGCGGCUGGAGGGAGACCAGCGCUACAAAGCCGUGGAAAGUUCCGGAGCUCGCGAGGAGCUCUUCAAGCAGUUUGUGGAGAAACAGGCCAAGAAGUUGGACUCGGAGAAGGAGAAGGAGCUGGAGCGCCAGGCCCGGAUCGAGGCGAGCCUGCGGGAGAGAGAGAGGGAGGUGCAGAAGGCCCGGUCCGAGCAGACCAAGGAGAUCGACCGCGAGAGAGAGCAGCACAAACGCGAGGAGGCCGUCCAGCACUUCAGAGCCCUAAUGUCCGACAUGGUGCGCUCGGCGGAUGCCUCGUGGUCAGACACGCGCAGGAGCCUGAGGAAGGACCACCGCUGGGAGACGUCCUCCCUGCUGGAGCGCGAGGAGAAGGAGAAGCUGUUCAGCGAGCACAUCGAGGCGCUCGCCAAGAAGAAGAAGGAGCACUUCCGCCAACUGCUGGACGAGACCACCACCAUCACGCUCACCACGUCCUGGAAGGAGGCGAAGAAGGCGAUUAAAGAGGAUCCUCGCUGCAUCAAGUUCUCCAGCAGCGACCGGAAGAAGCAGAGGGAGUUUGAGGACUACAUCAAAGACAAGUACAUCACCGCCAAAGCAGACUUCAGGACGCUCCUGAAAGAGACAAAGUUCAUCACGUACAGGUCCCGGAAGCUGCUGCAGGAGUCGGACCAGCACCUGCGGGACGUGGAGAAGGUUCUGCAGAACGACAAGCGGUACCUGGUGCUGGACUGUGUUCCAGACGAGCGGAGGAAGCUCAUCAUGUCCUACAUCGAGGACCUGGACCGCCGGGGGCCCCCCCCGCCCCCCACGGCCUCCGAGCCCACCCGCCGGUCCACCAAGUAACCCACGGCAACAACCCCACGGCAACAACACCACGGCAACAACACCACCGCGCCACAACCACCCGCCGGUCCACCAAGUAACCCACGGCAACACCACCACCGCGCCACAACCACCCGCCGGUCAACCGAGUAACCCACGGCAACACCACCACCGCGCCACAACCACCCGCCGGUCAACCGAGUAACCCACGGCAACAACACCACCGCGCCAGAACCACCCGCCGGUCAACCAAGUAACCCACGGCAACAACCCCACGGCAACAACACCACGGCAACAACCCCACCGCGCCACAACCACCCGCCGGUCAACCAAGUAACCCACGGCAACAACACCACGGCAACAACACCACGGCAACAACCCCACCGCGCCACAACCACCCGCCGGUCAACCAAGUAACCCACGGCAACAACACCACGGCAACAACACCACGGCAACAACACCACGGCAACAACACCGCCCCAGAACCACCCGCCGGUCAACCGAGUAACCCACGGCAACAACCCCACCGCGCCAGAACUCCCCACCGCUCAGCCAAGCAACGGAACCCCUGCAUCACCCGCAACAACGACGACGACGACGACGACAACAUGCCAUAACCACCCCCCCGUGUAACCAACUAACAGAAACCCCGUGUUACCCAUGGCAACAACCCCACCCCACCCCACCGCUCAGCCCUGUGAGGGGAACCCCGGGUGACUGCGUCAGCCUAACGCUCUGCUAUCAACGCACACCAGCGUCCUGCAUGAACACGCUCCCGACACGCUCCCGACACGCUCCCGACACGCUCCCGACACGCUCCCGACACGCUCCCGACACGCUCCCGACACGCUCCCGACACGCUACCAGCACACGCCCCCCGAGUCACGGCAGAGCCCGCAGACGUGUUGUAGCACAGUAUUAGCGCUGCGCCUGGUUGGCGGGAGCUCUCCCAGCGUGCCGCUCUGCUCAGAGCGCUGUGACCCCUGAACUCCACGCAGCACUCCCCGGCCGGGAGGAGGCUUCAGCGCCACGGCUCCUCAGCCUGGAAGAUACUUUUAUUAGGUGACGGAUGUGUAUAUUUGAGUACAUGUAUUCAGAUUGUGUGACCAGACGGUUGUGCAAACAUUGCCAUCGGCCUUAAGAGUCGGAAAUGUAACGAUGCAUCGUAGUUUGAAUGUUUAAAUGUUUCUAAAGUUGUGUUUACUUUUGAUGUUGCUGUUUCUGUACAAGUUUACUGGAAUAAAGGCAACCACCCAGUUUUUUUACAA